ACUCGUCGGUCAAGUUAGCAUUCAAGUCAAGUUAGUCGCGCUGCUCAGCCAGUAACCGCUAGUCAGCCAAGGAACACGAGUGCCAUUGGGCGCGCUCUAAAAAUAUCCGCGGACUUCGGCAUGUUAAUAAAACGAGUAAAAUAACUUGACUUGUCAAUGACAAUAAGCAUGAAAGAAGAUUGUUAAGUGAUUAACAGAUUUUUACCAACAUUUUGUCGUCAGUUUUGAAGAGACGGUUUAUUUUGAAGUAAACUUGAUAUAGUAGUGAAUUCGCGGUAAUUUCCCCGUGUCGUAUUGUUUGUGAAUGGAAUCAAUGUUGCACCUAUAAAAGGAUGUUAUCGUUACGGCAUAUGGUACUAGGAAACAGUAUUUUCUAAAUUUCAUGGGAUUUGAAAGCUGGUGUGCAGUGCGUGUGUGAUGGUACGGACGCACACGGUGCUGCUGCUGGCGGUAGCACUGUGCGGCGCCGCCACCACGCUCGACUCCGAACUCGGGCUAGGCAAGGCGAUCAACAUAUUUAUGAGAUAUGGCUACCUCAGCAUCUGCAUGCGGGUGGUCCCCCGCAACGACACGGAAGGCUGGGUCUUCAGGGAGCCCACAGUCUCCGUGUUCAGGGAGGUGGAACAGUUCUCCAUCGCGCCAACUCCUCGCCACGCGAAGACACUCUUCGACGGAGACUUCCACAUGGAAUUCUGCGAUAACCUGAAGCAGUUGCUCCAGGCUUACUUUAGGGAUUUUAGCUUUGAAAGACUGGAGCGUCCAUGGCGUGCAUUCACUGCGGGCUGGCCGACGGACAUCAUGGCCAGAAACCUGGGCAUCAACUCUUCCUUCAUCAACGGAGACCAUUGCUACGUGCUCGUUAGAGUUUCCAGGUUUCGUGAAACAGCCAAAUUGAGUGACUUGCCAGGGAACAUAGCGGUAGAGGAUGUGGUCUAUGACGCGAUACAGGAGGCCAACAUAGGCGACACAGCGUCCAUCGCUGAUUUCAUUAGAAAGUACGGUUCCCACUACAUUGCGUCCUACAUCACUGGCAACUCGUUAUAUCAGGUAUUUGUGUUCUCCCGUGGCGUGUACACCAAGAUUAAAGAGCGCGUCAAAUCCCGCGGUAUCUCUGACAUACCGAUAUCUGAGAUGAACAACUUCUUCUCUCCGCUCUUCGCUGAACAUGUUGGCGCUGUCAAGGUGGCUAGUGGCAACAAAACUGUAGAAAACUGGGCGAUGAAGCGCCUAAGGGUCCACUACUACAUUUUCUCAUACCCCAGCUUACUCAAGCUGCACGGAGAACCAUCCCUACUAAGAAGUCUAGACACCUUACUAGGAAAUGAAGCCUUAUUGCAGUUAGAAUUAAAGACAUUAUCCCCUGCAUUUAAGGACGUGAAGAAGAAGAAAUGGUUUGAAGAAGUCAUAGACAAUUAUUUAAAACUUUGGGAAAGUAAUAUGUGACGUAAUGUUAGUUAAUAAUUUAGUUAAAUAGUGAAUAUUUUAUGAAGCGAGGGCGUAGUAUGAGUUUGUUAUACGUUUAACAAGAUCGAAACGAGACCGCGUUCGGCGCUCUGAUUGGUUGGUUCAUUAGAGCCGGCCAAUCACAGCGCCGUACUAAGCCCUCAGAUGUUGCAGUGAUUAGCUGUUAAUGUCAACAUUAUUUUUAAAGAAAAUGUUUGACAUAAGUAUAAGCAGGGCUGGUAAUUUCGACAUUUGGAACGAUAAAAUUCGGUUGUUAAAUCAUAAACAAGAUCAUUCGAUUUUCAACCUUACACUUCAGUUUUAGAGUUGAAAAUCGUUUAAAUACAUUUCUAACUUAGCAACCGAUUUUUAUCGUUGUCGAAACUAUCAGCCCUAUGCUAAUCCAUCUCAUUGAAACAAUGCAUAGAAGUGAUCAUUUAAGCAACUAUUAAAAAAAAACAACGAACAUAUUUAUUUUAUUGUGAAAUUUUGAAUUAAAAAUAUGUAGUUUUUAAGUACAAUAAAAUGGAAAUGUAUUCGUUUAAGAGAAAUGUGACUACUUAAUAAAUAUUAGAUUUAUCCAAAACAAACAAAUUAAUAUUAUAACUGAAUGAAAUGAAUCGAAUUUUGAACGACUUGCAUGAAUAUAAUACCCAUAUAUAAAACUGUAUUUUUGUACAUAUUAUAUUAUCACAGUGUGCCUUAUAUACUUCCAAAAUUAAUUAUUAAGAUAUUUACAAAAAUUAUAACUAAAAUUCAUGAUUACAAACAUAAAUAUGAUCUAAUGCAGGCAACGUCUUUAAAUAUUUUUCAUCACAAUUUACAAUACGUACAAAUAUUUAUUUAAUUUGAAAUGCUAAUAAAGUUAGAUUCAGAAAAAAUAUUAAUGCCUAAUCUUCCAUCUAUUACUCAAUCAACAGAAAAACUUUUUUUUUCUCUAUGAUUCUUUCAAUAGUACACAAAUCAAAAGCUAGAGGCGCUGUAAUCGUUGUUGUUAAAAAUAAUUAUUUUCUUUAGUUCAACUGUCUGCAUUGGAAUCAAAGUUUCAGUACCUUUUUAAAAGACUAUAAAAAAUCUAAUCUGUCCAUUAAUUAAACUUUUAAAAUAUUUAAAUGACAAUAAAGUAUAGUUGUAAAGUGCAAUAAGAGAUUUCGCGACGGGAUGCGAGAUCAAAAACUGUAUGCAUUUAGUUUCGAAUAAGUAGUUAAAUUAUAAGAUUUAAUCAUUAAGGUGGUGUAAAUAUUAUUAUUUCGAUAAAUUAAUUAAAGUUAUUUUGUGACUGA